AUGUUCUUCUUCGUGAGAUUGCUGGUUUUCCUGUUGCCGGCGUUGAUCCAAGGACAAGGCGAAACGACCUGCAAGUCUGAUCCGUUUCGUGGGUUUUUGAAAUGGAGAAUCGGCAAAAACUCGAUAAGAGAACUUGUGUUUUUUGCUAUAGUACCACACAUUUUGAAAAAAUUUCAGCUCGGAAAAAAAAAUUUAGAAAGUUGCUCUAUUCACAUAUGUUUCUUUCAAGAGAACUCUGGCUACUGGAAAUUUUUUCUACUUUUCCAAAAUUUUAGACUCUUCUCUUGCAAAAAAAAGUAUGAGGUUAUAUAUUUAGCGGCGUUGAAUGGCGCGUGCCCCGGCGGCUUCGAACUUAUCACCACAGGAGAUUGUUGUCCAUCAGCUGAUGUGGAACGUUUGACAAAAAAAAUGUUUUCAAAAUCAUUUAAUGAGUUUUAGCUGUCACCACCACCACCACUACGACCACCACUACAACUACAACGACGACUACAACACCACCACCCCCUCCUAGUUUGCCAGAAGACAAUUUGAAAUCAUAUACUAUAAAGGUUAAUUUUUUCAGCAACAACCCCAACCACACCAAAACCAGCAGCCCCAUGUGUCGAUAAGGUGCUUAAGUUAAAAAGUGUUUGGUUAAUAUGACGAUUUUCUAAAGCUCAACCCCAAAACCGGCGUUUCGGACUGCCCGAAAAACGCAAAUCUCUGCAACAACGCCAUCUACCGGCCACUCAUGGAAGAUCAAUGUCCGAAAACUUGCGGAUUCUGUGGUGAGUGUAAAAAUAUCAGCCGUGUCGAAUUUCAGAAAGAAAAUUCUAAAAUUUCUGGGAAAAACUGAAGUGAGUUUUAUAGGGAGUAAAAACCCCUAAAGCGGUAUACUAAAGGGCCCCCUAAAUCUCAAACUCCCUUCAGGACCCACUUCAGUUUUUCUUAGUUAAACGGGUCCGCUUAGUACCGACAUAGAGCUCAAAAAAAUUUAAAAGGGAAGGCUGAAGAAAAAAAUUUUCACAGUACAAAUCGGACACCUUUUUGAGAACCUUUCCGUUUUAUUCUAGAAUAUUCCAAUGAAAAUCAGUGUGUUCAAAAACCAACUUUUCCAUCAAAUUCAGUUCCAUCCGUAAGCCCAACCUCCGCCGCCCCUCCUACGAUUUGCAAAGACAAGGUGAACCCGAAUACUGGGGUCUCGGAUUGCCCCAAAAAUGCCAACCUCUGCAACAACGCCAUCUACCGGCCGCUGAUGGAGGAUCAAUGUCCGAAAACUUGCGGAUUUUGUAGUGAGCAAUUUAUUUUCUAGGAGAAGUAGAUAGUUGGAAAAGUCAUGGCUGAAAAUUUUAUCCCAUAUUUUCCGUUCAAAGCCAGCAAGGAAUUACAAAUUUACAGCAAAAAAAAAUUUUAAGUUCAACUCUUUUCAAAAUUUACAUGCUUUCUUGGUGUUUAAACAACAAGAAAGCGUGAGAUGACCUUACAAAAUUUUAUUUUUCUAAAAAUAUAAAAAAAUUAGUGAUAUUUCAAAGCAGCCGUAACAAUCAAACACAUAAAAUAAUGGCCUUAGAACUAUCUUUUUUCCUAAAAUCAAAAAUUCCAGCCUCCUCGUUGGUUUCAACCACUCCAGCGCCUAGAAAUUGUGUUGAUAAGGUGAGUUAAUAUUUGAAAAACAGAAAAAAGAAAUUGUCAAGGUGAAUCCAACGACUGGAGUAUCCGAUUGCCCAAAAAGCGCCUAUCUUUGUGAAAACCCGACCUACAAGCAGCUCAUGAUCGACCAGUGCCCUAAAACUUGUGGAUUCUGUGGUGAGAAAUCCUUUGACAAGAGUUAGACUUAACAAGAACGGGGAGAAAAUACCUGAUUUAAGCUACCACAUCAAGUAGGGAAAUAGUUUUUUUUUUCUUUAAACGCAACUUUCAAAUACUUUUCUGAACUUCUAUCGAUUUUCGAAUCGAUUAUUGGUUUGGGAGAUUAAAGUUGGGAAAUUGGAAAGUUCUUGACAAAUCCUUCACUUAUCACAAGACUUUUUGGUAACUUUUAACAACUCAUUUUUUUAAUUUGAGAUUUCAUCAAAAAAAGUUUUUCUUGGAGUUUUUAUAGAAGAGAAGUUAUUCGAAAAUCUAUCUCUUUAAUUUACCUUUCAUCAAACGAAAUUUUCAGCCCUCGUCUCUUCAUCAGUUUCCCCGCCAGCCAAUGCUUGCGUUGACAAGGUGCGUUUUCAAUGAUCCAAAAAGCUUUGAAAAAAUAGAGAAGACUAAACCUUCCAAAAUAAUGAAAUUCCACGAAAUAUUUCAACGAAUGACAUAAAAUUUGAAUCAUCAAAGCUUUCCAGACCGUCUGACAUGAUCAAAUUCUAAGAAAUCUACUGGAAAAUGACAAAAAGGAUAAAUUCAUGUUUUUUUUUCGCCUAAAAGCUUCGCCAGACACUCAUCUAUGUGUCGAAAAUUGUCGAAAACAAAAUCCGCAGAUUAAAUUUUGCUCUCAAUUUCAGGUGAAUCCGAUGACGGGCGUUUCGGAUUGUCCGCAGAGCGUAUAUUACUGUACCGACACCACCUACCGUACCCUUAUGGCUCAACAAUGCCCCAAAACUUGUGGAUUUUGCUAG